GAUAAAAAAUAUUCAAAUUCCGCAAAAAAUGGAGGAAAGACCGCAGACAGGAAGAAAUAUAUCCAACUAAAACACCUGCAAACCGUUCAAGCGUCUAUUUUCUCUUCGGGCUUCCUCCUCCUCCUCCUCCUCCUCCUUCUCCUCCUCCUUCUCCUCCUCCUCUGUCUCAGGUGUGAAGGCAGCAGAUCCCCGCUGGACCCGUCGACCUCCCGGGCGCGUCAUGGCGCGGAGGGCGGUGCGUCUCCGCCGAGGUGAUCCCCGGCUUUAAAAGCGCAGAAGUCGUCAGCGCGCUGGAGCGAUGCGUCAGAGCGCACAGCGGAGCCAGGAUCCCCCGCGUUUGCGCGCAGCAGAAGUCCCUCUGGAUUCUUACUUUCUUCUUUUUAAUCCCUUAUUUAAAUAAUCAUUUAUGUGUUAAAUGUUGUAAAUAAGAGCCGUGGAAGAAGAGAAAAAUCCUGCGCAACAACUGAGGAAUAUAUGGGAAGGAAUUGUUCCAGUUUGCAGCUUUAGCCUGAAGUCAGACGUUUCUCUGCUCAGGAGGAAAAUGAAAUCAGCAGAAGAGGAUGCAUAUGGCUGCACGCCAAAUGUCAGCCUUUCCCUCCCACUGGGUAGCCCUUGUCUCCCGUCCCAGUACCACAGCCUACAGUCCAGCCCCAUUCUCUCUGUGUCUGCCACUGACUCUCCCAGUUACGACUCCCAAGAAGAAAUGGGAGCAGCCACCUUCUAUUCAAGCGUCCGACCCAACGGCGCCCCGACCCUGGAGAGUCCUCGUAUCGAGAUCACGGCCUACGGUCAGUUUCCUGAGGACGACGUGGAGGAGAGCAGCCUCCCGGUUGCCAACAGAGUCAACUCCAUCGUGACGCUGACGCUCCCCAGCACGGAUGGUUACCGGGAUCCCAGCUGCCUGAGUCCAUCCAGCAGCAUCUCGUCUCGCAGUGGGCUCUCUGAUGCGUCCUACGAGUCGGGCUUCUCCUACAACAUUGACAAUUCUCCCCAGAACUCCCCCUGGCAAUCCCCCUGUGUGUCCCCUAAGGGGUCCACGCUUACCCUCCCCGCUGUUGGCUCCCCUCGCCACACGCCCUCCACAUCGCCUCGUACGAGUGUGACGGAGGACAGCUGGACGGGGCAGCGGGGCUCGAGGCCCAUUUCACCGUACGGCUCCAAGAGGAAGUACAGCUUCACCGGCAGUCACACGCCGCACAGGCAUUUUCCCUACUCGCCCAACCACUCCCCGGGGCCAUCCCUCCACACCUCCCCCCGCCUCAGCGUCACGGAGGACACCUGGAUGCCCAACACCAACCAGUACACCAACUCCGCCAUCCUGGCAGCCAUCAACGCCCUGACCACGGACGGAAUGAACGACCUCGGCGAGGGAAUCCCCGUUAAGGCCCGAAAGACGAGCCAGGAGCACAGCCCCACCGUCAGCCUCAAAGUGGAGCCCGGAUGUGACGAACUGAGUCCAGAGGAGCUCUGUAAAGAUGCAAACCCUGGUGUUUUUCAGCAUCUGAAGAAGGAGGACAUGCUGAUGGAUAUGCACCCAUUCUCCUGGUCGAACCCAAAGCAGUAUCUAAGCUCUUCUCUGCCGGCUCUGGACUGGCAGUUGCCGUGCAGCUCAGGGCCCUACAGCCUGCAGAUCGAAGUGCAGCCCAGGCCUCAUCAUCGAGCUCAUUAUGAGACGGAAGGCAGCAGGGGGGCAGUAAAGGCUCUGGCUGGAGGUCACCCAGUCGUUCAGGGCGGACGACCGGCUGCUGAGACCCCACGCCUUCUACCAGGUCCACCGCAUCACGGGCAAGACCGUGUCCACGUCCAGCCACGAAGCCAUGCACAACAACACCAAAGUUCUGGAAAUCCCGCUGUUGCCAGAGAACAACAUGCGGGCCGUAAUCGACUGUGCUGGCAUCCUGAAGUUGCGUAACUCCGACAUAGAGUUGAGGAAGGGCGAGACGGACAUCGGGCGCAAGAACACGCGUGUGCGGAUGGUUUUCAGAGUCCACAUCCACCAGGCAACCGGCAGGACGGUGUCUCUGCAGGUUUCCUCAAAUCCUAUCGAGUGUUCCCAGAGAUCUGCCCAGGAGCUGCCGUUGGUGGAAAAGCAGAAUCUGGAAUCGUGCUCCGCCCUCGGAGGCGUGAAGAUGCUCCUGGAAGGACACAACUUCCAGCACGACUCCAAAGUGGUGUUUGUGGAGAAGGCUCAAGACGGUCACCACCUGUGGGAAAGUGAGGCCAGAGUUGAGAGGGAUCCUUCCAAGCCUAAUACUCUGCUGGUUGAAAUUCCUCCGUACAGGACCCAAAGACUCUCUGCUCCGGUCCACGUCAGCUUCUAUGUCUGCAACGGCAAGAGGAAAAGAAGCCAGCACCAGCGCUUCACAUACGUCCAUCCAAGCGUUCCAACGAUAAAGACGGAGCCGCACGACGACUUUAGCGCCCCUCUGAUGUGCACCCAGCAGGGUUCCUCAAAGCCGUUCUACGCCCUGACCUCCUCCAGUCCUGAUCCCAGGUCGUGUGUUGUGGGCGGGGCUUACCCUGUAAGCCAGCGAAGACCGACGACCAAGUCUCCCUCCCUGCCUUUCUCGGGCUCUCAGAGCCCAAGCCCCAAACUGUUUGAGCUGUCGUCAUCGCCCUACAGCAAGUGCUUCUCUGCCGCCCCGUCCGUCCAGACCUCGGGGUCGCCGGCUCCUCACGUCUCCAUCAUCCAAGAGACUUCUGUGCACCAUCACCCUCCAAAUCUCUACCCUCCCAACAGCUCCUCUUCCCCUCCAGCCUCACAGCCCUCCCCACCAAAUGACACUCCGUUUUCUCAGAAUCCUGGAGUGACCCCAUCUCAACCAGACAGCUCCGGUUCAAGCAUCCAGGAGGUUCCCAGGAAGGAGGUGUUGUCGUCUGUGCAGAAGGAGGGGAGCCCAGAACGAAUGACCGUUAGCAUCAAGAAAGAACCACAAGAACUGGACCAGAUCUACCUGGAUGACGUCAAUGAGAUCAUCAGGAACGACCUGUCGGCGGUCUCAGUCCAAAGCCAAACGUAGUCCCACACAGGUAAAACCUGAUGCUUCCAGGUGGACUCCAGCAUCACAAGAACAAUUUUAAAUCUGUUUUC